AUCUGUGAAUGAUCACAGAGGUCACAUGGUACAGGGCUAUUCACAACAGCCUUGUACCAUAUGACAAGCUGUGACCAAUCACAGCUUGUACACCUUGUACCAUGUGACCGCUGUGAUCAUUCACAGAUUUCACACAUAGUAAGCAAUGAUGUCAGAAGUGACAUCUUGCUUACUACUUUGCAUGUGAUCACUGAUUGGCUAAUCAGUGAUCACAUGAUCGGGACCUCGUAAAGCGGUCCCGUCCGAUGAUCGGUGUUUCACUGUGUCCCGGGGAGCGCGCACAAGCAGGGUGCGAGGAGGUCUUUUAUAA